CACAACGCCCCUUAUACAUAAAUAUAGGAAGUGGAUGAUCGAAGUCCCGCGGUCAUCAAAUUACUAACAGACAUUAUACCUUAUAUUUGGAAUCUAAUUAACAUUUGGGUGUUUCCUUUUAAUUGACGUGGUGAUUAGUCCACCAUGGCGGGCAGUGUGAACGAUGUUGUCGAAGAAGCCCGCCGGCUGUUCCGGAGUAGCUUCGGAGGACUGGAUCCGGAGGUGGCUGUGUGCGCCCCCGGACGGGUCAACUUGAUAGGGGAACACACCGAUUACAAUCAAGGAUUCGUCCUGCCGAUGGCAUUGCCCCUUGUGACUGUAAUGGUGGGCAGUAAAAGCUCAGACCAGAACGUUUCUAUUAUAACGCUGACGGAGGCUGUAGAGGACCCACGCAGGGUGGACUUUGUUCUGUCGGAAGAUGGAGCCUCUCUGUCUCCAGGGCAACCUAGCUGGGCUAAUUACAUAAAAGGAGUCUUGCAUCACUACAGAGCCAGCCCCCUGCCUGGUUUCAGGGCUGUGGUGGCCAGCAGUGUGCCACUUGGAGGUGGCCUGUCUAGCUCAGCCUCCCUUGAAGUGGCAGUGUACACUUUUCUCCAGCAGCUGUGCCCAGAUGAUGGAGACAUGGUGGCAAAGGCUCUGGUUUGUCAGCAGGCAGAGCAUACACACGCUGGAGUCCCUUGUGGAAUUAUGGACCAAUUUGUGUCUGUGAUGGCAAAGAAGGAUCACGCCCUCCUUAUUGACUGCAGAACCUUAGAGGGCACACUCGUGCCCCUGAAGGAUCCCAAGUUGGUGAUCCUUAUUACCAACUCAAAUGUGAGGCACUCGCUCACAGGUAGCGAAUAUCCGACUCGACGGAGGCAGUGUGAAGAGGCGGCAGCUAUACUGGGGAAGGGGAGCCUGAGGGAAGCCACGCUCCAAGACCUGGAAGGUGCCAAGGAGCAGCUGGACAGUGUGACUCUCCAGCGAGCGCAUCAUGUGAUUGAAGAGAUUGAGCGCACUGCCCGAGCAGCAGAGGCUCUGAAGCGUGGAGCCUACAGAGAGUUCGGCAAACUUAUGGUUGAGAGCCAUAACUCACUCAGGGACCAGUAUGAAGUCAGUUGCAAAGAACUCGACGAACUGGUUUCUGCGACCUUGGAAGUGGAAGGGGUGUAUGGAAGUCGCAUGACUGGAGGGGGAUUUGGUGGCUGCACUGUCACCCUACUGGAAGCUGAGGCUGUAGAGAAGACCAUGGAGCAUGUUAAGGAACGUUAUAGUGGAACACCAACCUUUUACAUCACUACUCCAUCAGACGGAGCACGAGUCCUUGAACUCUGAAAACACAAUGCAAAUCCUACACAAUUAUUUGAAAACUCUUAUCUGUCCAUAUAUAUUCCCAUACAAUUACAGAUCUUUAAUAUGUUCAAACUCAUCCUAUAUACAUGAGAAGCUUUACUGUUACAAUCAUGGUACAUUCAAUUAAAAUUAAACUAAUUCAAAUUAUGUUGAUUUACAGUUUUGUUUCACUAUAAAAAAUUCUUGCACUUUC